AUGGCAAUUGAGGACCAGAAAAAGACGGCAUUCAUCACAGAGCGAGGCUUGUAUUGUUACACAGUGAUGCCAUUCGGGUUGAAGAACUCAGGGUCGACAUAUCAAAGAUUAGUGAACAAAAUGUUCAAAAGCCAGAUCGGCAAAACGAUGGAGGUUUACAUCGAUGACAUGGUCGUCAAGAGCCAGGAAAAAUCCCAACAUGUCAGAUAUCUACCUCGGAUAGCCCAGAAGGGCCAGGUAAUUGCCAAUUUCCUAGUGGAAUGUUAUCCAUCUAACAAACAGCAGGAAAACCAUGAUGAGGCCAAGGAGGCACCAAACCCAGACGAGGCCCAAUGGGAAUUGUAUGUAGACAGAUCAUCUAAUCAGGCAGGAGCCGAAGUAGGAAUCGUCCUCUCGUCGCCUGAAGGAGUGGACCUGGAGUACUCCGUUCGAUUAGACUUCCCCGCCUCAAACAACGUGGUGGAAUACGAAGCCCUAGUGCUAGGACUCCAACUAGUUAGGACGCUGAAAGUGGAACGCUUAGUUGUCCAUAGCGAUUCUCGCCUCAUAGUCGGCCAAACAACUAAAGAGUACGCGACUAAGGAUGAACGAAUGAGGGUAUAUCAACGGUUGGUAAAGGAUUUAGCCAGCAGGUUCGAAGAAAUAGAGUUUGAACGGAUACCGAGAGAAAUGAACGUUCAGGCAGAUCGCUUGGCCGACGCCGCAUCAACAUCGGUGGAAGACAUGAGGGUCUCCCCAGUGGGACUCUUAUUGAGUCCCAGUAUACCAAUUGAUCCUGGAGUCAUGCAGAUUGAUGCCAAAGAAGAAACGUGGAUAACUCCAAUCAUGAACUAUCUCACGAAGGGAACCCAACCCAAUGACCCGAUUGAGGCAAGGAAAUUGCAAAUAAAGGCCGCAAGGUAUGCCAUUAUAGAUGAUACACUUUUUCGUAAGUCUUUUUCAGGGCCGUAUCUCAGGUACCUCGAUCCACGUGAAGCCAAAUGGGUGCUAAAAGAAAUUCACCAAGGGACAUGUGGAAACCACACGGGUGUGAGGAGCUUAGCCCACAAAGCGUUGACUCAAGGAUAUUUUUGGCCUUACAUGGCCCGCGAUGCAGAACAAUUUUCACGGAAAUGCGAUAAAUGUCAAAGGCAUGCGCCCUUUAUCAGACAACGAGCCGAGGAACUUAACCAUGUUGAAGGGCCUUGGCCAUUCGCCCGAUUGGGGAUGGACAUCGUGGGACCACUUCCCACCGCAGUAGGGGGCAAGAAGUUCGUCCUUUUGGCCACUGACUACUUCACCAAGUGGGUGGAAGCCGAGGCUUACAAAACAGUGACCCAAACAGAUGUGGUAAGAUUCGUAUGGCGGAAUAUAAUUUGUCGCUUUGGGAUACCAAGGGCCAUAGUGACGGACAACGGGACCCAAUUUGAUAACCGUGAAUUCAGAAGUUACUGCAAGGAAAAAGGGAUCAUUCAGCAGUUCUCGUCCCGAAGUUAUCCUCAGGGAAAAGGGCAAGCCGAGAAAAUUAAUCGUACGAUAUUUGAUUGCUUGAAGAGAAGGCUUGAACAACGCAAAGGCAAAUGGUCAGAGGAACUGCCAAACGUAUUAUGGGCAUACCGUACUACCAAACCGAAACCAACUGGCGAAAGCCCUUUUUCCUUGGCUUAUGGAACCGAAGGCGUCAUCCCCACAAAAAUUGGACUACCCACAGUCAGAACAUUGGUGGUAGAGAGCAAUGAUAAUGAGCAAUAG